AUGCUCCGGAUCCUGUCUCGGGUCCACGCGCCGCGUGCGUUCGCGCCGAAUGCCGGUGCCCGCUACUACAGUGUGCCUAGCGCCCGUGCGCCUAGCCUGAUUACGCUCGCCGACCUGAGCGCGGCCGAGAUGGAGUCGCUCCUGCAGCGCUCUGCGCACUUUAAGAAAACCUGCAAGGAGCACGUCCUGAAAAAUGCUGCAAUCGACAAGAGCAUCAAGGACCAGACAAUCGCUCUUACUUUUAGCAAGCGCAGCACGCGUACGCGUGUCGCAAGCGAAUCGAGUAUCGCGACGCUCGGCGGCCACCCUAUGUUCCUCUCGCCGUCCGAUAUCCAGCUUGGCGUGAACGAGAGCCUACUUGACACGACGCACGUCAUAAGCUCGAUGGUCGACGGUAUCAUGGCUCGUGUGGGCGACCACAGCGAGAUUGAGACGCUCGCGCAGUACUCCAAGGUGCCGGUGGUCAAUGCGCUCUCGAGCCGCUUCCACCCCACGCAGAUCCUGGCAGACCUCCUGACGCUCCUCGAGGUCAACGCCGAGCCUGGCGCGCCGCUGCCGCCUUUGUCGAAGCUCGCGGGCCUCAAGGUCGCGUGGGUCGGCGACUCGAACAACAUCCUGAACGAUAUGCUGGUCGCGUACCCCCGCCUGGGCAUGCACCUCAGUGUCGCGGCGCCGAGUGGCGAGGCGUACGCCCGCGACCCCGUCGUGUGGGACCUGAUGGAAAAGGGCCUCGCCCAGAUGCCGAGCGGCGAGCCCAAGGGCGAGGUCGAGUGGUGCCACGACCCUGCCCAUGCCGUGCGGGACGCGGACUACAUUGUAACCGAUACCUGGAUCUCUAUGGGCGACGAGGCGUCCAAGGACCAGCGCCUGCGCGACUUUGACGGCUUCCAGGUCACCGAGGCGCUCGGCAAACAAGGCAACGCCAAGCCGGACUGGAGAUUUUUGCACUGCCUGCCCCGCAAGGCGGAGGAGGUGGACGACGAAGUGUUCUACGGACCUCGCUCGCUCGUCUUCCCGGAAGCAGAGAACCGCAAGUGGACCAUCAUGGCCAUCUUUGACUGGCUUUAUGGCCGCAACGCUUUGUAG